AUGGUCCCCAGCCCGAGGCACCCCUGCGCCAACAUGGUCCAGACAGGUGUCUGCUCCCUCUGCCUCCCCGGGUACCUCACCUCUGCCCCGCAGGCCACCUUGCUCUUCAGCCUGGUGCUCGCCUCCUUCCACUCGUCCUGCGGCACAGAAGCCAGCAGCGUCAACUCAACCCUGAGUAUACACCACCCAGACCCUGGAACCCUGGAGCAGUGUGCCAAUGUCGACUUCUGCCCGCUAGCCUCCCUGUGUUGCCAAGCUUCAGUGGAUGAAUACGGCUGGAUUGCUGCGGCGGUCGGCUGGAGCCUCUGGUUCCUCACCCUCAUCCUGCUGUGUGUGGACAAACUGAUGAAGCUAACUCCAGAGGAGCCCAAACACGUGGCAGCGUGA